UUGAGCUCUGCCGUGUAUAGCGGGUUAGUCGACACUAAGAUUGUUGAUAAAGCCUGUAGGAUAACAUGGGUAGGCAUUGAUGAGAAAGCGACGGAGGAAGCUACGCGCGCUUACGAUAGGGAGGCCAUAAAGGAAGUGGUUGAAACUUCAGGAGACAAAUGCCUCCUAGAAGAGUUCAACCAUGGUCGAAUAGAGUUUUGCAGACACCCGAGAACAAGAGUUCCAGGGCGCCUGCAAAGCUCCCGUCCGCGCAUUAUCAAAGUGAGCCUAAGGAACCAGGAACUCAGGGACCGCUUGCUACAGCAUAUGAGAAGUGGGCGUCAGUCUCUUACCAAAGAUUUCGUCCAUUCAUAUGCCCGCCCUGACUAUACCAGGGAAGAGAUUGAGUAUGAUCGCGCGCUACGUAGGAAAGCAGGGAUUAUGAACAGCCAAGAGGGAAAGCUUACAUAUAUAGUCCGCGAUCUUGCGAUACACAAGCUCCGCGCGAGUUACCUGCAAACAACCCUAGCAAUCGCCAAUCUCCUAUCGCUCUCACUCUGUCUCCGAUUUCAAUCUCACAAGUUGAUGGUGCUGCAGAAGUUGCUCACUAGGAAACAGGGGGAGGUAAUGCGCGCCGCUCAUCAAGUCCAUACAUUCGAAAUAAUAGCGGCUCGUUUGUUCAAUGCUCGCUCACUUGUAAAUAAAAUAGCCGACUUGAACUUCCUUUUGCAUGAAAAGCCUCAUGGAUUAUUCAUAACAGAAAGUUGGUGUAAGCCUUGGUCUAUUCAAGACGCCGUGCUCAGCCAUAGGUCCAACUACCAUGUCUAUCGUUGUGAUCGAGAAGAUACUGAAAGCCAAAAAGUGCUCACUCUCCUUACGUACAGAAGCCCAUCAUGUAGUACCUCCUCGUUUACUGAUUUUGUCGAGUAUAUUGAAUGCUUUCUGAGCGAGUGGAGGGAUCCCGUAGUAAUUUUGGAAGACUUCAACUUCCCUACAAUUGAUUGGCACAAGAUGGCCCACAGAGGCAAUUAUAUUGAAUGCUUUCUGAGCGAGUGGAGGGAUCACGUAGUAAUUUUGGGAGAUUUCAACUUCCCUACGAUUGAUUGGCACAACAUGGCCCACAGAGGCAAUGUAUCAACGCAAGCUUCCUCCUCGUUUCUCCAUCUUGCCCGCUCAUUCAACCUUACACAAAUGGUAAAAGAACCCACGCACGGGAUGAAUAUAUUGGACAUACUGCUAACUUCCGAACCAUCCAUUAUCGCUGGGCUUUGUACACUGCCCCCAUUUAGCACUUCGGAUCAUCGUCGAGUUAAAUUUAAAAUUGUUGAUGCAUCC